AUUCUCAAAUCAAUCUCUCUCAUUCUCAUCUAUUUAUCAUCUCUCAAAACAAAAACAUGUCAAGUAAGAGAGGACCCAAUUGGAAAGCUCAUGAAGAUGUAAACUUGUGCAAAUCUUGGAUAUCAAUAUCUGAAGAUGGAGCGGUUGGCAUCAAUCAAAAGAGCACGAGAUUAUGGGAAAGGGUGGAGAGGGAAUUUCGAAGAAGCGAUCCUACAACAAUUCGUACUACGGAUUCAAUGGAAUCCCGACUGAGACUUAUCAGUAACAAGUGUAAAGUUUAGAAGGGAGCUUUGCAGAAGGCGGAGAGGAGUCAAACGAGCGUUACCAACCAAGUUGAUGUGGUAUUGUUUUGGAAACUUUAACUUAUGUAUUUCUUAUUUUUAUGUAUAUUUACUUAUCUAACUUGUUUAUGAAUAAUUUUGAUAGGAAUUUGUAGCAAGACAGAUAUAUAAGGAAGAGAAUGGGGACAAAGCCUUUGAACAUGAGCAUUGUUGGGUCAUCCUUCGAAAUUGCCCAAAGUGGUAUUGUGACCCUCAAUUGGUUGUCGGUCCAAUUCCACCUAUGGGUCAAGGUUCUCAAAGUUCUCCCAUAGGUAUUGGUUCUCAAUCCUCCCCUGUGGAAGGCCUCGACGACAUACCAGACGAGGGAGCUACGCCUUUCGUGCUGUCUCGCACUGAAGGACGCGACAAACAAAAGGCAGCAAAAAAGAAAGGUAAGGUAGUUGCAGAAUCGUCAGACAUGUACACUACUCAACUGCUAGAGUUUGGUAAUGAUAUGAGAGAGAGGCAAAAGUCGAGGAUGGAGUACGAAAAUAGAAAAAUUAAUCUUCAAGAGAGGAGACUAGAGAGGGAAGCCGAGGAAUGGGCAUACAAGAGGCAAGUGAGGGAGCAGGAAGCGGAACAAUGGGCUCUUGAGAAGAAAGAGAGGGAGGCCGCAAUACUUCAACAAAAUAUGAAUAUUCUGGAGAAGGAUUUGUCAAAGAUGACACCAAGAAAGAAGAAAUUUUGGAGGAGUAAACACAAUGACAUCUAUGGGUACGAUCAAGAUGAUCUCAACUCUAAUCCAGGAGAUGGCGGAGAUGGAGAUGCAAGUGGUGGAGGAGAUGGAGAUGAAAGUGGAGGUGAUUACUUUCCUGUUAUGGAUUAUGAUUAGAAGAAGGUCCUAUGUGUACUAAUUGAGGCUUUUAUUGCUUUAUGUGGUGUGUUGUAUUUGAACUUUGAGCAUUUUCAUGUGUAAUAAAAAAACUAGUCGUUA